AUGGUUAGUGACUCGUGUUUGCAUGCUACAUCUUGCUACAAGGCGAUUUCCUGGCCUUCAGAUCCGCAUACUAGGGAGGAGAUCAAGAGCCUCUAUGAUGCCAACAACAUUUCUGAACUUGAAAGGCGCUUACGGCACCGUAUUCAAUUUGGAACGGCUGGCCUACGCGGCCGCAUGCAGGCUGGCUUUGCCUAUAUGAACAGCCUGACGGUUAUCCAAGCCUCUCAAGGUCUUUGCAAGUUUCUGAAGGAAUCGCAUCAAGGCCCAGAACCGCUGUCUGUUGUCAUUGGCAGAGAUGCUCGACACAAUUCUGAAAGGUUUGCCCAACUCGCCACGAACGCUUUGGAGGCUGAAGGCAUUCGUGUGUGGAGUUUCGACUCCCCGGUUCCCACCCCCCUAGUGCCAUAUACCGUUCUCUUGAAAAAGGCCACCGCGGGAAUAGUCAUCACUGCCAGUCAUGCUGACAUCGGGCAUAGAAUCCCGCACAAGACAAUGACUUCCACAGCGGAGAUCGGUGACUCCCCGGGGCGCUUCGUAUACACUCCACUACAUGGUGUCGGGCACUCGAUCAUGUCCAUGCUUUGUAAGAAGUUAAACAUUCAAGACAUGACCGUAGUUCCCGAACAGCGGGACCCGGACCCAGAAUUCCCAACAGUUCGCUUCCCGAACCCGGAAGAGGCUGGCGCUUUAGACCUUGCCAUGAAAACAGCCGAUGAUAUGAGCAUAAAUCUCAUUGUCGCUAAUGAUCCUGAUGCGGAUAGGUUCGCUAUUGCUCAAAAAGUUGGGAAAACUUGGUUCAAGUUUACAGGAGAUCAAGUUGGAGUUCUACUCGCCUCUCACCUUUUAGAUAUAUGGAAGCAGCAAAGCCCACAAAAGCCUAUGGCAAUGCUGAGUACUGCGGUUUCUAGCAACAUGCUAGGUAAAAUGGCGAAAAUGGAAGGAUUCCACUUUCAAGAAACCCUCACCGGUUUCAAAUGGCUAGGUAACGCCGCGAAGAGGCUCGAAGCCGAAGGAUAUGAUGUACCCUUUGCCUUUGAGGAAGCUUUAGGUUACAUGUUUUGCAAAGUAUGUUACGAUAAGGACGGCCUAACUGCAGCAAUGGUUUUUUUGGCUGCCCAAGCACAAUGGAAAAAGCAAGGCCUGAACCCAUUUACCAAACUACAGCAGCUAUAUGAGACCUAUGGAUAUCACGAGACGUUAAACACCUACUUUGUCUCCUCUGAUCCUAGCAUUAGCGCUAAUUUAUUCCAAUGCAUUCGGGGCUUCCUCGAAGACAAACGCAAGUCCAUCGGCAAAUUUCCAGUCAUCCGGUGGCGAGAUGUCAGCAAUGGUCUCGAUACAGGCGCCCCAAAUAAUACCCCGGAAUUACCUAUUGACUCGACCUCCCAAAUGCUUACAGUUUGGUCCGAUCACGGUCUGCGAUUCACGCUCCGGUCCUCAGGCACAGAGCCGAAAGUUAAGAUUUAUAUCGAAAGUUGUUGUCCAGCACGUGAAGAUGCAGUGGCUGCUGUCUGUGAGGUGUUCUCUGCAGUUCUGAUGGACUGGAUUAGACCAUUUGCACCCAAUAUGACUUAUGCCCCUACUGUGACAACUUCCUCUGGUCAUAUCUUCACUAUACCUUGA